AUGGUUGAGCUGCCCACCUCUCCACCACUGGAGCCCAUCGUGGUUGAGCUGCCCACCUCUCCACCACUGGAGCCCAUUGUGGUUGAGCUGCCCACCUCUCCACCACCCAUCGUGGUUGAGCUGCCCAUCUCUCCACCAGUGGAGCCCAUUGUGGUUGAGCUGCCCGUCUCUCCACCAGUGGAGCCCAUUGUGGUUGAGCUGCCCGUCUCUCCACCAGUGGAGCCCAUUGUGGUUGAGCUGCCCGUCUCUCCACCAGUGGAUCCCAUUGUGCCCAUCAUGGUUGAGCUGCCCACCUCUCCACCAGUGAAGCCCAUCAUGAUUGAAUGGCCAAUUUCUCCACCAGUGAAGCCCAUCGUGGCUGAGUUGCCCAUAUCUCCACCAGUGGAGCCCAUCAUGGUUGAGCUGCCCACCUCUCCACCAGUGAAGCCCAUCAUAGUUGAGCUGCCCAUCUCUCCACCACUGCCCAUCUCUCCACCAGUGGAGCCCAUCGUGGUUGAGCCACCGAUCUCUCCACCAGUGGAGCCCAUUGUGGUUGAGCUGCCCAUCUCUCCACCAGUGAAGCCCAUCAUUGUUGAGCUGCUCAUCUCUCCACCAGUGAAGCCCAUCAUGGUUGAGCUACCCAUUUCUCCACCAGUGAAUCCCAUUGUGGUUGAGCUGCCUAUCGCUCCAGUGGAAGCUGAGUCGCUUCAAAGAUUUCAGCCCAUCGUGGUUGAGCUGCCCGUCUCUCCACCAGUGGAGCCCAUCGUGGUUGAGCUGCCCGUCUCUCCACCAGUGAAGCCCAUCAUGGUUGAGCUGCCCACCUCUCCACCACCCAUCGUGGUUGAGCUGCCCGUCUCUCCACCAGUGGAGCCCAUCGUGGUUGAGCUGCCCGUCUCUCCACCAGUGGAGCCCAUUGUGGUUGAGCUGCCCGUCUCUCCACCAGUGGAUCCCAUUGUGGUUGAGCUGCCCGUCUCUCCACCAGUGGAGCCCAUCGUGCCCAUCGUGGUUGAGCUGCCCACCUCUCCACCACUGGAGCCCAUUGUGGUUGAGCUGCCCACCUCUCCACCAGUGAAGCCCAUCAUGAUUGAAUGGCCAAUUUCUCCACCAGUGAAGCCCAUCGUGGCUGAGUUGCCCAAAUCUCCACCAGUGGAGCCCAUCAUGGUUGAGCUGCCCACCUCUCCACCAGUGAAGCCCAUCAUAGUUGAGCUGCCCAUCUCUCCACCACUGCCCAUCUCUCCACCAGUGGAGCCCAUCGUGGUUGAGCCACCGAUCUCUCCACCAGUGGAGCCCAUUGUGGUUGAGCUGCCCAUCUCUCCACCAGUGAAGCCCAUCAUUGUUGAGCUGCUCAUCUCUCCACCAGUGAAGCCCAUCAUGGUUGAGCUACCCAUUUCUCCACCAGUGAAUCCCAUUGUGGUUGAGCUGCCUAUCGCUCCAGUGGAAGCUGAGUCGCUUCAAAGAUUUCAGCCCAUCGUGGUUGAGCUGCCCGUCUCUCCACCAGUGGAGCCCAUCGUGGUUGAGCUGCCCGUCUCUCCACCAGUGGAGCCCAUUGUGGUUGAGCUGCCCGUCUCUCCACCAGUGGAUCCCAUUGUGCCCAGUGUGGUUGAGCUGCCCACCUCUCCACCAGUGAAGCCCAUCAUGGUUGAGCUGCCCACCUCUCCACCACUGGAGCCCAUCGUGGUUGAGCUGCCCACCUCUCCACCACUGGAGCCCAUUGUGGUUGAGCUGCCCACCUCUCCACCAGUGAAGCCCAUCAUGAUUGAAUGGCCAAUUUCUCCACCAGUGAAGCCCAUCGUGGCUGAGUUGCCCAUAUCUCCACCAGUGGAGCCCAUCAUGGUUGAGCUGCCCACCUCUCCACCAGUGAAGCCCAUCAUAGUUGAGCUGCCCAUCUCUCCACCAGUGAAGCCCAUUGUGGUUGAGCUGUCUAUCGCUCCACUGGAAGCUGAGUCGCUUCAGAGAUUUGAGUUUGCCCCACCACCGUGGAAAAAUAUUCCACUGAAGGGUCUGACACAGCAACAUAGAAAAAGAAAGAAAGACGUGGAAAUUUCAGUUCCACAGGCCAGAACUACUCAGCCUCCUCCAUCCCUAUCGGAUUAUUUCCCUACAUCUACACCAAAGACAUGCCAAAUGGCCCAGGAUUUCUUCCCUACACCUCCAGCGGAUCCCAUUGUUGCUGAGCACUCCAUCUCUCCACCAGUGAAGCCCAUCGUGGUUGAUCUGCCCAUCUCUCCACCAGUAGAGCACAUCGUUGUGGAGCUUCCUAUCUCUCCACCAGUGAAGCCUAUCUUGGUUGAGCUGCCCACUUCUCCACCAGUGAAGUCCAUCGUGGUAGAGCUGCCCAUCUCUCCACCUGUGAACCACCAGGAUCAACUUGAUCAAUGGGCCAACUGGAGAAUAGAGGCUGGUUCUUCUCUGAUUGUCGAUGUUCCGGCCUAUCUCCCCCUCCCUACAUCCUCUGAUUUCCCUCAGCAGAGCCCACAGGAGCAGCCUGGAGUCUGCACAGCGUCCCAUGGGCUUCUUGCAAACAUUGGGACUCUUAAGGAGAUGAUUGAGAUUGCAUGGCAGAAGUGUCAGGAGUACCAAUCUAAGUUCUUCAUGUGGUGUUGUGUUACCCUGUUGUGCACACGGAGUAGGGCACAGCCCAUCUUUCCUUCAGUGAAGCCCAUCGUGUUCGAGCGUCCCAUCUCUCCACCAGUGGAGCUCAUUGUGUUUGAGCUGCCCAUCUCUCCACCAUUGAAGCCCAUCGUUGUUGAUCGGCCCAUCUCUCCACCAGUGAAACACAUCACGUUUGAGCUGCCCAUCUUUCCACCAGUGAAACCCAUCGUGGUGGAGCUUCCUAUUUCUCCACUAGUGAAGCCCAUCGUGGUCGAGCGUCCCAUCUCUCCACCAGUGGAGCCCAUCGUGGUCGAGCGUCCCAUCUCUCCACCAGUGGAGCCCAUCGUGGUCGAGCGUCCCAUCUCUCCACCAGUGGAGCCCAUCGUGGUCGAGCGUCCCGUCUCUCCACCGGUGGAGCCCAUCGUGGUCGAGCUGUCCAUCUCUCCACCAGUGAAGCACGUCAUGUUUGAGCUGCCUAUCGCUCCAGUGGAAGCUGAGUCACUUCAGAGAUUUGAGUUUGCUCCACCACCGCGGAAAAAUAAGCCACUGAAGGGUCUGACACAGCGACAUAGAAAAAGAGAGAAAGACGUGGAAACUUCAGUUCCACAGGCCAGAACUACUCAGCCUCCUCCCGCCCUAUCGGAUUUCUUCCCUCCAGUGGAGCCCAUCGUGGUUGAGCUGCCCAUCGCUCCACCAGUGAAACCCAUCGUGGAUGAACAGCCCAUUUCUCCACCAGUGAAGCACGCCAUGUUUGAGCUGCCCAUCUGUCCAGUGGUAGCUGAGUCUCUUCAGAGAUUUGAGUUUGUCCCACCACCGCAGAAAAAUGAACUGCUGAAGGGUCUGACACGGCAACAUAAAAAAAGACAAAAAGACACUUCAGUUCCAAAGGCCAGAACUACUCUACUUCCUCCCUGCCAGUUUGAUUUUUUCCCUCCACCACAGGGCUGCCAAACAGCCCAAAAUGGAGUUAACCCACAUUCAAUGAGAGCAGGUGCUCCAAUGGGCAAAUACCCAGGUUAUCCAUGUACAACUACCAAAGCUGGUCCUGGAAUAUCAGACGCUGCCCUGGCUCACAAGCUCAGACCUCUCUCACCGAUGUGCGUGCCAGGAGAUGAUGGUGGAUGGGACUCUGCUGGGGAUCACAUGUUCACCCCUGGGACUCCCUUCUACAUGGGUUCACUCUUCCGCUGGACCUUUUUUAAGUCCUUUAAGCUGUUUUGCCCGAAAAAAGGACGCAGUGGAGCAGAGCAUAUUUGUUUUUAAAUAAACUCAAGCAUACCCCGAUUGUCUUAUAUUACAUAAUAAAAUCCAAUGAGACCAA